CUGACCCUCCCAAAUUGCGUUAGUUUAAUCGAUAAUCCUACUGUUUUCAUCCAUCCAGGUAUUCCAGGGAAACAACUAAUCAUAAUUGAUAUUCGUACACUCACUCAACAGAUCGAUGUUUGGCAGGAGGAGUCAACAACAUCUUUCUUCGACCUGAUGGGCAACAUCGGAGGAACCUUGGGCCUGUGUGCUGGGAUCAGUUUUCUAAGCGCCCUUUUCCUCACUAUCUUCUUUCUACUCGCCUUCGGCAACGCUUUUAUCAGUUUCGCUCUUUGGUUCUGGUGGGCCAUUUUUCUCGGCCGGCCACUGGCUAAACCUCAGAAAUCCAAAUCAAUCCAAGGACACACAAAUUUAGAAGUGCCGCCAAUUUCAGCAGCGAGAAAACUCGAUCGGGCUUCUUUACCGGUUGGUGACAAAGCUGAGGUACAUUAA